AUGGCUAUCACCAUGAGAAGUGGUAAAUCACUACCCGAGCCUACAAAUGCAAGCAUUGAGCAAGAAGAUAGUAUAGAAUGGGAUGCUGAAAAAGAGAUAAAUGUAGAAGUUUUAGAUGAUCCAAAGAUAUCUAGAAGAGUAGAGAGAUUGCCAGGAGUUGUAGAAAGGGCACUCAAAACUAAAGAAUACACAGUAGAGGCGUUACCACCUUUACAACAUAUUCCCAGACCUCCUCAUCCAUUCCCUCAAUCGCUUAAGAAGAAAGAUGAGGAUGGAAAUUUUUUAAUCCAUAUCCAUGCUUCGACAACUAUCAGUGAAUAUUCCAUUAGUAGAAGCUCUAGAACAGAUGUCAAUGCUAUUGCUACAAGGUCUUUAGUGUAUAAGAAAGAGGAACCAGCUGCGUUCACUAUACCAUGCACUAUUGGUGCAUUGGAGUUCGCAAAAGCUCUACAUGAUCUGGGAGUAAGUAUAUGUCUCAUGCCAUUGGCGAUAUACAAAUAA